GUUUGUGUGCCUCUAGUAAAUAUGUAUUGUAUGUAUGGGUUGAAUGUGUAUGUUAUUUUGUGAAAAAGUGGAAACUGAUGAAGGUCGCUGCCAACAAAUGCUUUAACGAGCCCUUAACCAGUGAAAUAAAUAGACUUUUCGAGUGUUUAAUACAGUGCUGUGAAAUAAUAUAUUUAUAAUUAUUAGUUAUGGCGUAUGAAAUGGAUGCAAUGGACAUUCAAGCCGUAGAAUCUAAAUUAAGUGAUGUCACAGUAACUGCAGUCCCUAUGGCCAAACCAGCGCUACCUCAAAUAUCUGCUAUAGUACAAAAUAUAUCAACUAAGGACACGGGCUUAUCUAAAUAUGCACAGUUGCUAAAUGUCAUCGAAGAAAUGGGACGAGACGUUAGACCAACUUAUUCAGGAAGCAAAAGUUCUGCUGAGAGGUUAAAACGAGGAAUUGUGCAUGCAAGAAUUUUAGUUAAAGAAUGUUUGAUUGAAACUGAACGAUCUGCCAAACAAUAGAAAAGCUU